CUUCUACUGCCUGGGAAUGUUGAUAUGCCUAGGUUGAGUCGUCGCGAAUGCACCCAGCUAACAGUAACUGUCUCGACUCUGGCCAAUCGGAGUGUGCGAUAGACCGGAAAAGGCUUACAUAAUCUGGCGGAAAUUCCGUGAUUUCUCAUCACAAAAAUCUCCAAGGGGACGGAAAAGCUACAAUUCACGACACAGGAACUCACCCAGCCACUAGUUCUAGUCGUGGCGAUGGCUUCUGAGCCAGUCGCAUCGGGGCCUGGCGAGGCCAACCCGGAGAACCCCGCAAUGGCAGCCCCAGAUUCUAAGAUCGACCACGCCGCAUCUAUCCGAUACUGGAACAGCGUCGCUGCCAACUCCAACACCAUGCUGGGCAUGCUGGGGAGCUACCCCUGGUAUACACGCAUUGAUCUACGCGGCUCGAAAAGUUUUCUUUCCAAGGUCCGACGAUUGGUGCCCGGUUGCACCACCGAAGGGAAAUUGAAGCUGGGAGCUGACUGCGGUGCGGGGGUGGGGCGCGUCACGGAGGGGUUCCUCAAGGAUGUCUGCGAAACCGUGGACGCAGUCGAGCCGGUCGAGAAAUUCACCCAGGUUAUACACGACAGCGCUCUGAAGCGAUCUGGUGUGGUGGGCGAUAUUUACACCGUCGGUUUGGAGGGGUGGUACCCGGAGAAGAAAUACGACCUGAUCUGGACUCAAUUCUGCGUGGGACAUUUAACCGACGUGCAGUUGGUUGAGUACUUUGUGCGGUGUCGUGAGUCUUUGACCGAUACGGGAAUCGUGGUUGUCAAGGAGAACCAGUCGACUGAUCUCAAUGGAAAUGAUAUGUAUGAUGACGAGGACAGUAGCGUGACGAGGACGGAUGAAAAGUUUAAAGAAAUCUUCAAGCAGGCUGGAUUGAUCCUUGUCACAUCCGAAUUGCAGCUCGGAUUCCCGAAGAAUUUCAAGCUGCUUCCUGUGAGGUUCUAUGCUCUGCGGCCGAAGAGUUGAACUCACUUUCCAACAUUGUCACGCGCCUUCAUACCUCAGGAGUUAGAUACCGGAGUGUCUGGAUAUACCCAACGG